AUGAGAAGCCAACUGAGCAAUGUGCAAAAUCAUCUGGAUCUAGCUCGACCUGAUGUAGCUGAGGCCUGCACUAUCGAGAAUACACUGAAUCAAGCACUCGCGAAGCUCAAUACCGAGACACAGGCGAUGAGACACGAAAUGUCCGCAAGACUACAUAUAGAGGCCGAAAGCCUCGCUACCACAAUGGCUCGCAUAACUUCAGAAGGCGACCGCAUGAAGCAAGAGGCCGAUCGACAGGCCAACGAAGCCAAGAAUGCAAAAGCAGCGGCUGAUCGCAUGGCGACGGAAGCCGACCGAGCAGCAAGGGAGAAGCAGUAUGCUGCAGAGGAGUGGAAGUCGCUGAAGAAGCAGUUGAAAAAGCUCGACGCGAAGUGUGAGGCGAUGAAUGUUACGCAGCCGCAGAGUGUCAAGGGAAGAUUCCGUGAGGUGUGA